AUGUCGCGGGGGGCGGUGCGGGUGCUGCGGCUGGGCGCGGUGCCGUACGCGGAGGCGCUGCGGGUGCAGGAGCGCUGCGUGGCGGCGGCGCGGGCGGCGCGGGGCCCGGCGGCGCUGGCGGGGCCGGGCGCGGCGCGGGGCGGCCCCGGGGGGCUGCCGGGGCUCCCCGCGGAGAGCGUGGUGCUGAGCGAGCCGGCGCAGCCCGUGUACACCUGGGGGCUGCGGGGCGCGCCGGGCGCGGCGGCGGCCGCGGCGCUGCGGGCGCGGGGCGCGGCGCUGGUGGCGGCGCGGCGCGGCGGCCACAUCACGUUCCACGGCCCCGGGCAGCUCCUCGCCUUCCCCGUGCUCGACCUGCGCCGGCGCCGCCUCCCGCUCCGCGCCUACGUGGCCGGGCUGGAGGCGCUGGUGCUGCGGCUCUGCCGCCGCCUCGGGCUGGGCGCGGCUCGCGCCCUCCCGCCGCCCUUCACCGGGGUGUGGAUGGGCGACAGCAAACUCUGUGCCAUCGGUGUGCACUGUGGGAACUACAUCACCUCGCAUGGGCUGGCACUGAACUGCUGCACCGACCUCACCUGGUUCGACCACAUCGUCCCCUGCGGCCUGGAGGGGAAGGGGGUCACCUCGCUGAGCCACGAGCUGGGGCAGCAUGUCGCCGUCAGCCAUGUCCUCGAGCCGUUCCUCGACUCCUUCCAGGAGGUGUUUGACUGCACUUUGGUCUCUUCAGAAAGCCCCGGGGAUUAGGAUUGUUGCAGUGCCUUGGCCGGGUGUUCUGGCAAAGCCGCGGCGCAGCCAAUGGAGUCGGGGAGCCCAGGGGGGCUCUGCUGAGACAAGAGCUCUUGUGCCUUUGCCUGUAGACUGUGAGUGGACAGUGGCACAGAGGUUCAGACUGCUGCUUGAACAUCCAAAGCUCCACUGGGGCUGUUCUCUCCAGCCCCGUGAGUCUCCAUCCCUCGGCUGAGACCUGCACGGAUAGAAGCGGGAGUUCAGGCACACAGUGAUUGCUCUAUAAAACCAGGACAUACUUUCACACGCUUAACCCGGUCGAUACGCUGGAAGGGCUGCAGGCUGGGAACAGUUUGCUCAGCUUUUAAUGGUUGGCACGGGUACCACAUCCCCACGUCACUUGCUGGGGAAGUACCCAAACAGGUGCUUUUUUGGGGUUUUUUCUGCUUUUUGCCCCACAAAAAUUAAAGAUUUGUGUGAAUGCUCAUGAACACUUUGGACAAGAGGAAGAGGGACUGGUGGGUUGAGCCCUCUUCCCUUGCUGACUGGUAAAAAGAGGCAGAUUUUAUAUAUAAAGAUAGUUGCUGGGAA